ACCGGACGUACGUCAUUACAUGAUUGAGUACAUUGUUUUCACUUGGGAAUCUCGAGUAUCACAUUAGCUGUUACAGUAAGUAGACCAUGAGUUUGCCAGCAGCCCCACCCAGCUAUGCUGAAGCUACAGCAGGAGAUAAAGAACAAGGAGCUGGUAGCUUCACUUAUGCCUCCCAGCCGCCCCCAAUGCCACCCCCAACCAUGUCCAUGCACCCCAGCUGGGCUUAUGUGCAUCCUGGCCCAAGUCCAGGAUAUUCCAAUGCAUAUGCUGCAGACAUGUCCUCACCCUUCUCUGACCCGAGCUCCAGCAGCAGCUUCGAUGGGCUCAGUGGAAGCAACUGGGAGGACAAGAAUGUCCGCCGUAUGUUCAUCAGGAAGGUGUUCUGUAUCCUCAUGGUUCAGCUCAUGGUCACAUUUGGUGUGGUGUCACUCUUCACAUUUUGUGAGCCUGUCCGGAAGUUUGUACAGUACAAUCGAGUUUUCUAUCUGACCUCAUACAUGACUUUCAUGGGAACAUACCUGAUGCUUGUAUGCAGCACAAAUGCACGACGAAGAUACCCUACCAAUAUGAUCCUUCUAGCCAUUUUUACUUUGGCAAUGUCCUAUAUGGCAGGCAUGCUAGCCAGCUAUCAUAAUACCAAAGUGGUGAUGAUGUGUGUGGGCAUCACAGCACUGGUGUGUUUGGCCAUCACACUCUUCUGUUUCCAAUCCAGGGUUGACUUCACCACCUGUCAUGGAUUACUUUUCUCCCUCAUGAUGGUGCUGAUGGUCACUGGGCUUCUGCUGUUCUUCACCGCACCAUUUGGAUAUAUACCCUGGUUGCAUACUGCUUAUGCUGGAUUUGGUGCUCUGGUUUUCACUCUGUUUCUGGCAUUUGACAUGCAGCUGCUGCUCGGCAACAGGCGGUACUCUCUGAACCCAGAGGAGCAUGUGUUCGGAGCCAUCUGCCUCUACAUGGAUGUGGUCUACAUAUUCCUUUUUUUCCUUCAGCUCUUUGGGAGCCGUGAGUGAGGUGUUCAUGCUGUGCCCAGGCUUUAGCCUUUGUCCGCUGUUACACACACAUACACACACACACACUCACACACCCUUCUCAGUUACUCCAAGGUUUGGUGAGGAGCGAACAGUCUUCCUUCAUUCUGUGUGGCAGUUGAAGUUUGAUGUGUGCUGUUGUUUUCCUUCUGGUCAUGGUUAGGCAGCUCUUUGCACACCUUGUAUGCACCCUCGCUGCAAGAUAACCAUGCUACCAGUCAGAUAUACACAUGCUGUUUAGGGUAGACAAUCACUGCACAUCAUUUUUGUAUUUUCAGUUCAAGUGAUUUGAAAAACCCUAGGCCAUCUGCAUUAAAUAAUAUUUAGAAUUCCAACAUACAAUAAUGAGAAAAAAAGUCAGUGUGUGUUUGAGUGUGAUUUAGUGGGGAAUAUAGUGACGGUACUUAAUUGUCAAUGGAUAUUAUCCCUUCAUUUGCACGUUGUAUAGUUGAAAUCAAUCUUAAACUUGACAGGCAGCUCUUUGCCGGCGAUCACUACAUGUAUAACAGUCCUUUCAACCUGAGUUUUGUCAAUCAGCAACAUUGUGCCGUGAAAUUAUACCAGAGCUAGAGAGGCCCUUAUGUGACACUUUAAAUUGCUUUUUGUGCAAUAAUCUGCUCUUGACUGGGGACAGAAGCUGGAGCUUACAAGUUGCGGUUGGUAAAUAUUUAGUGCCUGUGAAUGCUGGUUGAUAAUGAGGUUUCGGUGUUGUUGUAUGCAGCCAAUGCAGAUUUAUAAUAAAAAAAAAUUCUGUGUGCCAAAUAUAAUUCUGUCAUGUGACAAUAGCAGAGAUUUUAAAUGCGGCACUUGGUCCAACAGGUCAGUCGUGAGGUCUGCAAUGUAUGUCUAUAAAUUGCCUCGUAAAUUAACUCGUAAGUGUGUGAUGCUUGGGAGUUUUUGCUCAUUUUCAAGACACUUGAUUGCUUUUAU